AUGUUUCUCGGCUUCGCCCCUUAUGCUCCAGCAUCAAGCUCACGCUUUGCGCGAACUCCACAGGGCAAAGUCGCCGAGUUGCGACAAGAACUCAAUAGCGGCGGCAAAAAAGAUAAGAACUAUUCCGCCAAAAAGAUCGCCUUGAAGAAGAUCGUUGCCAAUAUGACCAUGAGCAAUAAUGAUAUGGUUGCGCUCUUUCCCGAUGUGAUCGACUGUAUGAACCUGCCGAGCUUGGAGAUCAAGAAAAUGUGCUUCUUGUUCCUGGUGAACUAUUCAAGGAUGAAACCCGAGAUCGCGAUGAAGGCGCUACCCAUUCUUGUCGAUGACAUGGAAGACACAAACCCACUAGUACGCGCCCUGGCCCUGCGAACGAUCUCUUAUGUCCAUGUGCGCGAGUUCGUUGAAGCGACUUUUCAACCCCUCAAGCGUCUCAUGCAAGACAACGAUCCCUAUGUUCGCAAGACGGCUGCGUUCUGCGUCGCCAAGCUCUAUGAACAUGACAAAAAGAUGGUUGAGAAUUCGGAUUUGAUUGAUCGGUUGAACCGGAUGUUGAAAGACGAAAACCCGACCGUUGUUUCGAGCGUUCUGGCUGCACUUUGCGAUAUUUGGGGUCGUAGCGAAUCCAUUUCUCUCACUAUCGACUAUGUCAGCGCUUCAAAAUUGGUUUCAAUCUUGCCAGACUGCUCCGAAUGGGGUCAAAGUUAUAUCCUUGAAGCUUUGAUGUCCUAUGUGCCGCAAGACACUGCAGAGGCGCUUCUUCUGGCAGAACGAGUAGCCCCGCGGCUGUCUCAUUCAAACUCCGCGGUUGUGUUGACCUCCUGUCGGGUUAUCCUUUAUCUCAUGAACUAUAUCGCCGACGAAAAGCAUAUUACCUCGUUAUGCAAGAAGCUAUCUCCGCCUCUUGUCACCUUGCUUUCUAAGCCCCCGGAAGUCCAAUACCUGGCCCUGCGAAAUGCCAUCCUCAUUCUACAAAAGCGACCAGAGGUUCUACGUAACGACAUCCGUGUGUUUUUCUGUAACUAUAACGACCCGAUUUAUGUCAAAGUGACCAAGUUGGAGUUGAUGUUCAUGUUAACCACGAAGGAUAAUAUCUCGGUGGUUCUCGCAGAGCUUCGAGAGUAUGCUACUGAAAUCGACGUACAUUUCGUUCGAAAGGCUGUCCGCGCCAUUGGAAAGCUGGCUAUUAAGAUCGAAUCAGCUGCGAAGCAAUGUAUUGACACCCUCCUGGAGCUUGUUGAUGCCAAGAUCCCAUACAUCAUCCAGGAGGCGACGGUGGUGAUUCGCAACAUUUUUCGCAAGUAUCCCAACCAAUAUGAGAGCAUUAUUAGUCAUGUAAUUCGCAACAUCGAUGAUUUGGAUGAACCGGAGGCCAAGGCAGCAGUCAUCUGGAUUAUUGGCCAGUAUGCAGACCGCAUCGAUAACUCAGACGGUCUCUUACAAGAUUACCUGGCUACUUUCCACGACGAAACGGUCGAAGUGCAGCUGGCUCUGCUCACGGCCACCGUGAAGCUCUUUAUCCAGCGGCCUACAAAAGGCCAGCAGCUUGUCCCCCAGGUUCUCAAGUGGUGUACCGAGGAGACAGACGACCCCGACCUUCGUGACCGUGGAUAUAUGUACUGGCGCCUGUUGUCCACUGACCCAGCAACUGCGAAGCAAAUUGUCAUGGGUCAGAAACCUCCAAUCACGGCCGAGAGCGAGAAACUAGACCCGCGCACGCUUGAAGAACUUUGUCUGAAUGUCGGUACAUUGGCUACCGUCUACCUGAAACCUAUUCAUCAGGUCUUCCGUGCUGCCCGUCCUCGUCGCCUGCAACACAGUCCAGCUCUGCAACGGCCUCCUGUCGAGGAUGGUACUGCCGGCAUGCUUGAAUAUAACCCUCCUACCGCCAAUAUGGCUUCUGCAUCGACCAGCAACAGUGGCUUAGCCACUAUUACAACGACUGGCAAUCCCAUCAGCCCGGUUAACGCCCCUCCGCCUUCCGUGUUCCCUAUGGGCCCCAAUGCUGCCACUGCCGCUGCCACUGGCCCGGCUGCCGGUGUUGAUGCAGUCGCCGCCGCGGACAGUUACUUCAAUGGAAUCGGCUCCCAGCAAAUGGCAUCGAUGGACUUAGGUGGGCGCAGCAAUGGUGGUGCAGGCGGUGGUGGUGCUCCCCAGACGCAGUAUGUGGUCACACAGAAUCAACAACAAGGCUUCCAGCCGCAGUACGCAGGUGGUGCUGCCACAGGCGAGCUAUUGUUGCUGUAG